AUGGUGUUGGCGCUGGGGUCCCCUUCGGGGAUUUUAGGGGAGAAGUUCAGGCCGAGCGACGGCGGCGGCUACGUGGCGUACAAGAAGGCGGACUACGCGCACGCCCUCUCGCGCUCGGACACCGACGACAAGGUGCGCAACAAGCUCUCGAAGCGGCAGCACGAGGACGAGGCGAGCUGGUCGACGCGGUCGUGGCUGUCGCUGCAGGCCCAGCGCAUGUCAGUCGCGCUGCAGCUCGCGGCGGCGGAAGAGAUUGCGACCGAGCUCAGGCUCGCCGCGGCGUCGGAGGACGCCGCCGUCGCCUAG